UAGAUUGGGAAAGAAGUUGGUUAAGCAAACUAGAGCUAUUUUUUAAAAUUGGUUCACACCCUCCAUAAUUUUGCUCCGUUGACUGACCAGAGUCCGUUGCAAAUGUCUGGAAAAGAAAUAUUCGAAAUUGCAGAUGUUCCUAUUUCGUGCUUCUCUUUUAAUAAAGAUAGAUCAAGGGUAGCAUUUUCUCCAAAUGAUCAUCAAGUCUUCAUAUGUAAAAAAGUUGGCUCAAGCUGGGAAAAAGAAGCAACUCUAAAUGAACACCAUCAAAAUGUAACAAGCAUAGAUUGGGCUCCUAACAGUAAUCGAAUUGUGACAUGUAGUGCUGACAGAAAUGGAUUUGUUUGGGUGGAAGAGGCAGGGAAGUGGAGUCCAACUCUUGUCAUUCUUAGAAUAAAUCGUGCUGCCACAUACGUUAGGUGGUCACCAAAUGAGGAUAAAUUUGCUGUUGCUAGUGGAGCUCGUUUGGUAUCUGUGUGUUACUUUGAAAAAGAAAAUCACUGGUGGGUGAGUAAGCAUAUUAAAAAACCUAUACGUUCAACAGUUCUUGCUGUUGAUUGGCAUCCUAAUAAUGUUCUCUUGUGUGCAAGCUCAACAGAUUUCAAAGCUCGUGUAUUUUCUGCUUAUAUCAAGGAGAUAGAACCUAAGCCUGAAACUACAAACUGGGGAAAGAAAAUGCCUUUUGGUGCUUUGAUGGCAGAGUUCUCCAAUGGAUAUGGUGGAUGGGUGCAUGAUGUUGCUUUUUCGCCAUCUGGCUCAAAGAUUGCUUGGGUUAGUCAUGAUUCUACUGUCUCUGUUGUCCAAGGUGGAGAUAAUGCAGUCGUUGCCAAAAUCUGCACAAGCUCAUUGCCAUUUCUUUCAGUAGUGUGGGUAUCAGAAAACUCUCUGGUUACAGCAGGACAUGACUUUGUGCCAAUGGUUUUCACCUAUGAUGGAGACAAUGCAGUAAAAUUUGUUGCUAAGCUCGAUCAACCAUCAAAAAAUGAUGGAGAGGAAGAAACAAUCAGUGCUAUGGAUAAAUUUCGUAACCUUGACAAAAAGAAUACAGGAAAGCGAGAUGAAGCUUCAAGUACAGCACAUGUCAAUGUCAUUAACCAACUGUCUGUUUAUGCUGGGCCUAAAGAAAAUGUUUCAAAAAUUGCUUCGAGUGGAUUAGAUGGAAGAAUUGUAAUAUGGGACAUUAAGACUUUAGAAAAAUCCAUUUCUGAUUUAAAAAUAUUAUAAAGAAGAUCGUCGACAAAUAUGUAGAAAGUAGCAUGAAGAACGUCGUCGACAAAUAUGUAGAAAGUAUAAUGUGUAAUAUUAAUAUUUCUAUUUUGUAUUUUGUAUGAAUAAAAUUGUAACUAA